UGAUCCCUGCAGGUCUUCACAGCUCUGUGGGAUGCUGCUGGACCCUGACUGAACAACUCAGGAUGCUGAGUUGGGUGGUCAGAGUCUUUCCCCAGCCACCUGAGCCUCCACCCAGAGCAGCAGAGGAACUUUCCACUGCCCCUGUUCAUGAGAAGAAAGUGACAUUUCAAGAUGAGUGCAAAAACAAAGCAAAAGCUGACAUACCCAACCGGGAAGCAGAGGGGAGCAGCCUGGCAUCUGGCUCUCAGCCCACGGUGUUGGCGUGGAUCAGCGGAGUGCUGCCUCAACCUGCAGUGUCACCUAAAGUGAGCCGGGCCAACCCCAGCACGGAGGACGACAGUGCAGCAACCAGAAAAGGGAUGAUAGCUUGGAUCAGUCAGGGUUUGGAGAAAGUUGUUCCUCAGCCUGAUGUGAAGAGCAAAGAGUCGCCUCCAGCUGAGCCGCACCAUGAGGUGCAUCCAACAGCAGCUGCACCAGGUGAGGGCAGGUGUGAAUCCUCCCGCAGACUAAGCUCCGACUCAGCUGGACGCAGUCGAGUGUCUUCUUGUGUUUCAUCUACAGCACCUCAGGUGGUGGAGGUGGAGUCAGACUCCGAGGACAACAAGCCACCCCCCCCCAGGAUGAUAGACUGGAUCAGACAGAGCAUAGAGAAGGUGGUGCCUCAGCCAGAGGUCUGUAUUCGCUCAAAGACAGAAGGGGACGAGAAGACUGAAGCUGCAGCUGCAGCUGAAGCUGAAGCUCUACCUGCAGAGCCCCCAGCAGCUCCACAACCCCUCACCAGCACUGAGAAGUCUUACGAGGAAACAGAGCAGCAGCCUAACAUGAUGGGCUGGAUCGUGAAUGAGAUCGUUCGCAUCUUGCCACAGCCCGUUCAUAACCAGGAUGCAGGAAGUGACGCGGCACACGCUGUCAGCUUUGUACAGAAGAAGAUGGACCUGGUGCUGGAGGACGUGGAAGAGGACGAGCUCGAGGUGAGGGAGGUGGAUGAGGAGCCACCGUCACAGAACAAAGAGAAUCCACAGCCAUCAAUGGUGGAGCUGCAGACAGAAGAUGCAAAGCCCAAGCGGGGUCGUUGGAGCCCGGAGGAAGACGGCAUCAGGAAGGAGACAAGAGAGGCACUUCUAGCUCACAUGGAGGAAAGGCUGCAGCAGGAGCGCCUGGAGGUGGCCCGUGUGGCUGAGGAGGUGGCCAGGAAGGCGGCAGAGGAGGCGGUCCGACUGCUGGAGGUGGAACAUUCAGCCAAGAUCAUCAUAGAAACACUACCGGAGUCCAGCGAGCAGCUGCCGAACAUCCUGGAGGAGGAAAACGAGGACGAGCCAGACUGCCUGGUAGACAUCUGUGCAGCUGCAGACGAUACUGAGGCUACGACUCCAGAGGACAAGAUGGAGCCUCCACCCACUGAGUCUGAAGCACCAGAGCAAGUUACACCUUCAUCAAGAGAUGUGGAGCCAGCACUGGAGAAGAGAGACCUGCCGAGUGUGGUCUCCCAACCCAUCACCCAACAACCAAAGCCACAAACUUCAGAAGCCCCGACCACCGCCACAGAACAGGUCAAAGCAACAGAAGAAGAAGGUGGAGGGAGUAGGGCUAAAGGUUUGGCUGAAGCUCUGGUGCUGAAGGUCGAGGAUGUGGAUCAGGAUGUGGGGCAGGAAAAAGGACUGAAUGUCCCCCAAAUUAUCACAAGCCCAGAACCAGAUUGCACGAGCCUGACAGUCCCCAACAUGCCACUGUCCAACCUCAGUCCUGCGGUUUAUCUGUCUGGAGAUGAGGAUGAUGAUGAACUGAUGAGGACCAGUCUGAAGACCUGGUCCAGUCAGGGAGACCUGCUGACUGCAGAUGACACGUCGCGUCCUCUGUCAGCAGCCAGCGUUGGCAGUGUUGUGGUCCAAGACCGUCUGAAUGAGCUGCUCUGGCUGUUUAAAGGUCGAACCGAGCACCAGAAAUACCGGCUGGUGGACCCAGACCAUUCUGAAGAUGAAAGUCCCACAGCCUCUCCGAGCAAAGCUCCAUCUCCCCCUCCCCCUCCCCCUCCAGAGAAGAAGAACGACACAGCACCAGGCAAAGAAGAAGGAAAAGAGGUGGAGCUCCACUUUGAACUUUUGGGACAUCCUGUCAAAAUUCCCAAACCGCCCAAACUUCCCCCGGUGGCUGAGUGGUUCCGAGCCAUUGUGCAGUACCGCUUCCCCUCCAGCAUCGACCCCUACACCGAUCUGAUCUAUGUGGUCUGGCUGUUCUUUGUGGUGGCAGCCUGGAACUGGAACGUGUGGCUGAUCCCAGUCCGCUGGGCAUUCCCCUACCAAACCCCCCAAAACCUCCACCUGUGGCUGCUGGCUGACUACACCUGCGACCUCAUCUACAUCACCGACAUCCUGGUCUUCCAGCCCAGACUGCAGUUCGUCCAUGGAGGAGACAUCGUGUGUGAUAAAAAGGCCAUGAGGGAAAACUACAUGACAACCCAGAGGUUUAAGAUGGACGUCCUCAGUCUCUUUCCCAUGGAGAUAUUUUACUUCUUCACCGGAGUGAACUCUCUGCUGAGGUUCCCUCGUCUGCUGAAGUACAUGGUUUUCUUUGAGUUCAACGACAGGAUGGAAGCUGUGAUGAAGAAAGCCUACAUCUACAGGGUGAUCCGAACCUCCACCUACCUGCUCUACUCCCUGCACAUCAAUGCCUGUCUCUUCUACUGGGGUUCUGACUAUGAAGGACUGGCAUCCACCAAAUGGGUUUACGAUGGAAGAGGCAACGCUUACAUUCGCUGUUACUACUUUGCGGUGAAGACGCUGAUCACCAUCGGAGGCCUGCCAGACCCCACCACCGUCUUUGAGAUCUACUUCCAGCUCAUCAACUACUUUGUUGGCGUCUUUGCUUUCUCCAUCAUGAUUGGUCAGAUGAGAGACGUGGUCGGAGCAGCGACAGCUGGUAAGAACUACUACCGGGCCAGUAUGGACAGCACCAUCAAGUACAUGAACUCCUACAACAUCCCCCGAGAGGUCCAGAACCGCAUCAAGACCUGGUACGAUUACACCUGGAAGAGCCAGGGUAUGCUGGAUGAACAGGAGCUGCUAGUGCAGCUUCCUGCUAAGAUGAGACAGGACAUCGCCGUGGACGUCAACUAUGCAAUCGUCAGUAAAGUCGCCCUGUUUCAGGGUUGUGACAGACAGAUGGUGUUCGACAUGCUGACCAGGCUCAAGUCUGUCGUCUACCUGCCCGGCGACUUUGUGUGUAAAAAGGGCGAGAUCGGCAGGGAGAUGUACAUCAUCAAACAGGGUGAGGUUCAGGUGGUGGGCGGCCCUGACCUGCAGACGGUGUUUGUCACCAUAAGAGCCGGCUCAGUGUUCGGAGAGAUCAGUUUGCUGGCGGGAGGCGGAGGAAACCGACGUACUGCCAAUGUAAAGGCGCACGGAUUUGCCAACCUCUUCAUCCUGGACAAGAGGGACCUGGCAGAGAUCCUGGUGCACUACCCAGAGUCCCAGAAACGGCUGCGCAAGAAGGCCAAGAAGAUGCUCGCGAAGGACAAAAAGCCAGAAGAGAAGGAGGAAGGUAAAGAGGCGAUGAUGGUCAUCCCCCCCAGACAGGAAACACCCAAAAUGUUCAAGGCAGCACUGAAAGUGAUGGAGCAGGCGGGAAUAGAGGGAACCUUGGCCAAACUGAAGAAGGCCUACAGACCAUCUCAGAGCACAGCAGAGGCCCCCCACUCCAUCUCACGACUCCCCUCUCCCUCUCCGAUGCCGGUUCCUCUCUGUCCAGUUCAGGACGAUGUGGACACAAUGGCAGAGACCGCCGACAGCUCCGUCAUCAUCAGGAUGACGCCGCGACAGGAAGGAGAGGAGCUGCUCACUGUGGAGGUGACGCCCAGGGAGCGAGAGGAGCAGAAGAAGGAGGGGGUGGAGGCAGCAAAGGAGUGAUUUGAAAGGAGGCAGCCUCUUUCUUCUUCAUGCAAACUAGUUUUUGUGGAAGUUUACACAAAAAAAUAUUGUGGUUAGAAAUAUUUCUACUCUCGUGAUUUGCCACUUUAGUCAUUUUACUAGUUUACUGGUGCUUUGAGUGUCCUGCUCAGCUUUCUGCUGAGGAAACAGAGAGAUGCAGGUAGUACCUGCCAAGAAUAGAAAUACUACAUCUGUGUACUGUAGUGUAGCAGGAAAAGCUUCAGGAAGCAGAGGAAGUUCUCCCCAUGUCAUCUGAGCUGAAGAGGAAAGACAGAAAGCAAGAAAAGGCGAGAAAACAGAAACACUGCUGAGCUGAAAGCUGCUGCUGGACACAGGAAGCUUCAUC